UUCGAAUUUAUUAAUUCUUGAAAAAAGAAAGAGUGAGAUUUUCUUUUUCUUGUGCGAAAAUUAAAGUCUUAUAAACGAAAAGCAUAGUAUUUUCUUUAACCAAACAGAUCACAGACCCUUUCUCUCUCUCUCUUCUCUCUCGAUCGACACUAAAGUUUUAAAGAAUGGGGUCUAGUUCUGAAACCAAACAGAACAGCCUUUUGAGCUCUGAACCUGGCAUUCAAAGAACCCAGUAUCCAUAUGUGACUGGGUCAUCUGUUGUUGCUUUGAAAUAUAAAGAUGGGAUUUUAAUGGCUGCUGAUAUGGGAGGUUCUUAUGGGUCCACGCUGCGAUACAAGAGUGUGGAGAGAAUUAAGCCUGUUGGGAAGCAUUCUCUUAUUGGUGCUAGUGGAGAAAUAAGUGAUUUUCAGGAGAUUAUGCGUUAUCUUGAUGAGCAAGUCUUGAAUGACAAUAUGUGGGAUGAUGGAAACUCUUUGGGGCCUAAAGAGAUUCACAGCUAUUUGACCCGAGUUAUGUAUAAUAGGCGUAACAAGUUUGACCCGCUUUGGAAUACACUUCUUCUUGGUGGUGUGAAAAAAGGACAAAAAUUUCUUGGCAUGGUCACUAUGAUAGGAGUAAACUUUGAGGAGAAUCAUGUAGCAACUGGAUUUGGAAAUCACAUGGCACAGCCAAUACUUCGUUCUGAGUGGCAUGAGAACUUGACCUUUGAAGAAGGUGUUGCAUUACUGGAGAAAUGUAUGCGAGUACUUCUGUAUCGUGAUAGGUCUGCUGUGAACAAGUUUCAGAUAGCUAAGAUUACUGAAGAAGGUGUAACAAUUUCACAGCCUUACGCAUUGAAGACGUUCUGGGGAUUCAAGGCAUUUGAGAAUCCAACUGCUGGUGCCGAGGGAUCAUGGUAGUCAUCCAGGAAGGAGCCACUUCGGAAAUCUGUACCCAGUCAUUUACAAAUGGGACCAAACGAACAUGACGAGUUGGAAGUUAUUGAAAGUCCUUUGAUUUUUUAGUUAAUGUUUAAAACCAUGGCUUGUUAGCUUGGCUUGAUCUAAGCCACAUCACAAAUUCUGGAUUAGAGUUGGUGGUUGGCUCGUGAGGAAAAGGGAUUUUUUGAAAUCAUUUGAACCAUAAAUAAUUAAUCUUCGUGUA